AUCCAACAUCAGCUUCAAUUUGUCUCGACCUGCUCUUCGGGCAGCCGUAGCGGGCUCGCUACGCGUACGUACGAUUUCCCACUCGCCACGCCUUCGGCGUACCAGGUUCCUUUAUCCAUGCAUGGAUAGGGGUAUAUAGAUACGAAGCGCAAAGAAAGAGUCGGAGACCAGAAUCAUAUACGGUAUUCAAUACAGAUGCGAGGCUCGAAAUGGCCGACUCAGUUGGUAUGUCCCCUGAGAAUCAAGACCCGCCGAGCCAAUCAACCACUCCAAUUAUCAAUCGCCCCUUUUCCCUUCCUGCCUUACUCAUAAGUUCCCAAUCCAUCACACCUUCGCUGAUAGAGUCCCCACCUUCGGUAGACCGCGUGUUUGUGCACGCCUUGAAUACGGUGAAGAAGAUUCCCAAGACGGGAGCGUCGCGCCCCCCGCCGGGCGAUCGUCUACGGUUAUAUGGCUUGUACAAACAAGCCAUGGAAGGAGACGUGGACGGUGUCAUGGAACGGCCAGAGCGCCGCCCGGGUAUCGAUGCCGACGAACUCGAGCGCGAACGCGAUAAAUGGGACGCCUGGAAUGCCCAGAGUGGACUCAGUCGAACCGAGGCCAAAAGGCGGUAUAUCGAAGCGUUGAUAGAGACUAUGCAUCGAUACGCCACUACGCCUGACGGGAAGGGACUUGUCGCGGAACUCGAAUUUGUUUGGGAUCAGAUUAAGAACAACAGUCCAUCGUCGUCAAACGCGUCUCCGAAAGAUGCUACCUUUGCCGAACCCCGACGUUUUCAACAGCCACUAAGCGGGACCGAGGGCCCGAUGAAGAUGCUCAGCCCCAUGAGCGAGGAUGAUGCGGCGGAACAGGAGUAUCGCGAGACACAGGACGACGAUCUCGAAGGAGAAUAUGUGAAGAAGGGAGAUAGGUGGUCACGCAAAGUAGAACGCGCUGUUGUCAGAUUAUCCGCCGAGGUAGCAGCUCUACGAGAACAGAUCACGGUUGGACGCGAGUGGAGGUCUAAGAAGGAAAAGAGUUUUGCUGCAUGGGCUAAAUGGAUGCUAUGGAUUGUUACAAAGCAUCUCGCGGUAGACAUGGUCGUCCUAGGUAUCGUAUUAUUAUGGAUGCGGAGGCGGAAGGACAGGCGACUCGAGGAUCACGUCAGGGCAAUGCUCAGGCUAGGUCGUGAAUACGCGAGGAAAAUACUGCCGUCGAGAUGAUAAAUCAACGAUGUGCUAUAUGCACUAUGGACUUAGGCUACCCUGCCUAUUCGCAUACCAUCAGCAAAUACCAACCAGCCUUUCCUUUGUCGGUCA